AUGACUACCGCUCCGAGUGGUACACAUAAUUUCAAAGUGGUUUUGUUGGGUGAGGGAUGUGUGGGGAAAACAUCUUUGUUACUGCGGUAUAUUGAAGAUAAAUUUAACGAUAAACAUCUUACUACGCUUCAGGCCACAUUCCUUAAUAAAAAGUUGAACAUAAAUGGUAAGAGGAUCAACCUAUCAAUUUGGGACACUGCAGGGCAAGAGAAGUUUCAUGCUCUUGGGCCCAUAUACUAUCGCAACUCUAAUGGUGCCAUUCUAGUGUAUGACAUCACAGAUGAAGACUCAUUUGGCAAAGUAAAGAACUGGGUUAAAGAAUUAAAGAAAAUGCUUGGCUCUGAUAUUGUUCUUAUAAUAGCUGGCAAUAAAAUUGAUUUGGAACAUGAAAGAACAGUGCCUCUGGAAGAGGCUGAAAGCUAUUCAGCGAUGGUGGGUGCUAAGCACUAUUACACGUCGGCCAAGCUAAACCAAGGUGUGGAGGAGUUAUUCCUCGACCUAACCAGAGAGAUGGUGGAGAGGUUCGACCAAAACUCCCAAACAGAUGUGUCCCGUACCUCUAGGGUGCUUGUGGUUGACGACGAAACGCCUGUGCAGGGCUCGUGUUGCUCUGGUCUUAGGAGUAAC